GAUGCUGUACCAUCGGAUCCAAGACCCGGACUCUUGUGUUGUGUGUCUAGGACAGGCCCAUUGCGCGAAUCCAUUGCAGCAUUGCGGGCAAGUCGUCCUAAAAGGGGACUCGAACUCGUACCGAGUUGGAAGGCCCGUCUCGAUCAUCCCGGUCCUACGUCAAUCGGGGUGGACGCUUUGUGAGACAGACCGUUCAGGCUGCGAGAGAGCGAGGGAAAGUCAGGACAUGACGGGUAUUAUUACGACCAAGUGGCACAAGCAGCCCGCCGCGUCUCCUGUCCUCCCAUAUUAUCUGCGAUACCCAUAGUAGUUCGUAUAUUAUGUACGACAUAGGAGGACUUGGAGCCAAAUGAAAGGGAUCUUCCGUCACACAGGUUUCAAACAAACCGAGAGAGAUAAAUCAAGAAAUGUUAUCCACAUCUCU